CAAACAUUAAAGUUUUUCAAUCUCCAUCAGAGGAGUUGAUCAUAGGCACUUCUUCAUAUACCAGAACACUGGCGGUUCUUUGAGGUAGCAGAAAUGGAGGAUCGUCAUCGUUAUCUUUUUUUCAUAUUUGCCAUUAUACAUUAUGUUCAGGCUCAACAAGGAUUCAUCAGUUUGGAUUGCGGGUUGCCGAGUAACGAGCCUCCAUAUAUUGAACCGGUAACCGGAUUAGUAUUCUCAUCGGAUGCGGAUCACAUCCCUAGUGGAAUAAGCGGUAGAAUCCAGAAGAAUCUGGAAGCAGUACACAUAAAGCCGUAUUUGUUUCUGAGAUACUUUCCAGAUGGGCUACGAAAUUGCUAUACUCUAGAUGUCCUUCAGAACCGAAGAUACAUGAUCAAAGCUGUGUUUGUGUAUGGAAAUUACGAUGGUUAUAAUGAUUAUCCGAGUUUUGAUCUGUAUCUAGGUCCUAAUAAGUGGGUAAGAGUUGACUUGGAAGGAAAGGUCAAUGGCAGUGUUGAAGAGAUUAUUCACAUACCAAGUUCAAACUCUCUGCAGAUUUGUCUUGUCAAGACAGGUAAUUCUUUGCCGUUCAUAUCCGCCCUGGAACUGAGGCUUUUGAGAAACGAUACUUAUGUUGUCCAAGACGUUUCCUUGAAGCAUUUAUUUCGGAGGUACUAUAGACAGUCAGAUCGGUUAAUCCGGUAUCCUGACGAUGUCUAUGAUCGUGUUUGGUCCCCAUUCUUCUUACCGGAAUGGACGCAGAUAACUACCAGUUUAGAUGUGAAUAACUCUAACAACUACGAGCCACCAAAAGCAGCAUUAACAUCAGCUGCCACACCUGGAGACAAUGGAACGCGAUUGACCAUUAUUUGGACUUUGGAUAACCCUGAUGAGCAAAUUCACCUGUAUGUUCACUUUGCCGAGCUUGAACCUGUUGGGGAAAACACUGACGAGGCCUUGAGAACUUUAUUUACAAGGACCUUUUACUUUGUGGUGAAUGGAAAGAUUAGUUAUGAUGAGAGUAUUACUCCUUUAGACUUGGCUGUAAGUACUGUAGAGACUGUGGUGAACAAAUGCGAUGGCGGUAACUGCAGUUUGCAGCUGGUACGCAGCGAAGCGUCUCCGGGAGUACGUGUACCUCUGGUUAAUGCUAUGGAGGCAUUCACUGCAAUCAAGUUUCCACAUUCUGAAACAAAUCCUGAUGAUGUUAUAUCUAUCAAGGUUAUCCAAGCUACCUAUGAACUGAGCAGAGUCGACUGGCAAGGAGAUCCGUGUCUUCCCCAGCAGUUUUUGUGGACUGGCCUAAACUGCAGCUACAUGAACAUGUCUACGUCACCAAGAAUCAUUUCCUUAGACCUGUCCUCACAUAAAUUAACUGGGAAAAUAGUGCCAGAUAUACAAAAUCUGACCCAGCUACAGAAACUGGACUUGUCGAAUAACAAGUUGACCGGAGGUGUGCCUGAGUUUCUAGCCAACAUGAAGUCACUGUUGUUCAUAAACCUAAGCAAUAACAAUCUUGUUGGUUCCAUUCCUCAAGCGCUUCUUGACCGAAAAAAUCUGAAGUUGGAGUUUGAAGGAAAUCCAAAGCUUUGCGCCACAGGUCCGUGUAACAGUUCAAGUGGAAAUAAAGAAACCACAGUCAUAGCACCUGUUGCUGCUGCAAUAGCCAUUUUUAUAGCUGUUUUGGUUCUCAUUAUUGUUUUCAUAAAGAAAAGGCCAUCAAGUAUAAGAGCUCUACAUCCGUCACGGGCUAAUUUAUCUCUGGAAAAUAAAAAACGAAGGAUCACAUAUUCAGAGAUAUUGUUGAUGACAAAUAACUUUGAAAGAGUUAUUGGUGAAGGAGGGUUUGGGGUCGUCUAUCAUGGUUAUUUGAAUGAUAGUGAGCAAGUGGCUGUUAAAGUGCUCUCUCCGUCCUCAUCUCAAGGCUAUAAAGAAUUCAAAGCAGAGGUUGAACUUCUCCUUAGAGUUCACCACAUAAAUUUGGUAAGCCUUGUUGGAUAUUGUGAUGAACAAGCACACUUAGCCCUCAUCUACGAGUACAUGGCUAAUGGAGACUUAAAAUCGCAUCUUUCAGGAAAACAUGGGGACUGUGUUUUAAAAUGGGAAAACAGAUUAAGCAUAGCUGUUGAAACCGCACUAGGAUUGGAGUACUUGCAUAGUGGAUGCAAACCACUAAUGGUUCACAGAGAUGUCAAAAGCAUGAAUAUACUGUUGGAUGAGCACUUCCAAGCUAAACUAGCGGAUUUCGGACUGUCUAGAUCUUUUUCUGUUGGAGAGGAAAGCCAUGUGUCGACUGGUGUUGUAGGCACUCCUGGAUACUUAGAUCCUGAGUAUUACAGAACAUAUCGCUUGACCGAAAAGAGUGAUGUCUAUAGUUUUGGGAUCGUGUUAUUGGAGAUAAUCACAAAUCAACCCGUACUUGAGCAAGCUAACGAAAAUCGACACAUCGCAGAACGUGUAAGGACUAUGCUUACAAGAAGUGAUAUUAGCACCAUUGUUGAUCCUAACCUCAUUGGCGAGUAUGAUUCUGGUUCUGUGCGGAAAGCUCUUAAACUAGCGAUGUCGUGUGUGGAUCCAUCUCCGGUUGCAAGACCAGACAUGUCACAUGUUGUUCAGGAGCUUAAACAGUGUAUCAAAUCUGAAAACCUGAGACUGAGGACAGGAUUGAACCAAGUCAUAGACUCGAAAAGUUCCUAGGACGACCAAGACUAGAGUUUUGGUUCGGGAAUGACUCCAAAUGCACGGUGGUGAUCUCUGAUCUGUGACCAAAUGUAUUUCUCGUUUUGUGUCUUGCAAACAAAACAUAAUAAAUCAAAUUAAGUCAAUUGAUGUUUUCAAAUCCGAUCCGCUUGACGUGAUCCGCUGAUAAUAUUGGUCUGCGAUGGGGUGUGUUGUUGGUUCGUUUUGUGUAAUAGCGUGGAU